AUGCAUUCAACCACCCUUCUCGCUAUAUUCUUAUCAUCCGGCAUUGCCCUUACCGGGACAUCCGCAUCGUCCCUUUCAAAGAUCAAGCGCAAGGAAACACUCCUAAACGAAUUCCUAGCCGACCUCCUCAAAUACUUGCCCGCCAUCGACGAGCCUCUGGUCGACGCAACAAGCGUCAUCACCGACCUCGACAGCGUGCUCGCAGACCUGACCGGCGCAAACACAACGGAGAACCAGCUGAUUGACGGCUCGUCAUGCGAUGAAUACACGCUUAUCUUUGCGCGCGGAACCGCUGAGCCGGGCAAUAUGGGCGUCCUGGUUGGACCGCCGUUGGUCUGGGCGUUGCAGGACAUCGUGGGCACGGAUGGGUUGACUAUUCAGGGGGUUAAUAAUUAUUCGGCUUCGGUAGAGGGUUAUCUUGAAGGAGGGGAUCCGGAUGGAUCUGACAAUAUGGCCUCCCUAAUCUCAGAAGCAUACUCCUCCUGCCCAGACACCAAGCUAAUUGUCGGUGGAUAUUCCCAAGGCUGCCAAAUCGUGCACAAUGCCAUUUCGGAGCUUGAUGCCACCACCGCUGCGUGGAUUGACAAGGUUGUGCUCUUCGGUGACCCAGAUGACGGCGAAGCUAUGUCCAACGUCGACUCGUCAAAUGUCUACACCGUCUGCAAUUCCAAGGACGAUAUUUGUGAUGACGGAGACAUCAUUACUGUAUGGCAUUUGAUCUAUGCCGAGAAUGUGACUGCUGCAGCUGAAUGGGCCACAUCAUAG